AAGGACCCAGUCAAGUCAACGUUUCCAUAUCAAACUCCUCCGAAGCAUCCCACCCCGCUUCGCUUCGCUUCGCUUCGACGCCAUCGAAGCCCCUUUUCCCCAUCUGGGUCUUGCUUCAUCGGGUCGAUUCUGGGUCUGGAGACGAUGGGCGAUGAUGCAGAGGUCGAUCCCGUGAGCUCGUCCAUGGCGGAUCCCUACCGCACCAAGCGCGUCAAGAGAUCCGCUCGCGGCCAGACGGCGCUCCCCGGCCGGCCCAACCCCGUCACCAGGCGCAACGCCCGGAGCCUCGGCCGCGGCGGCGGCGGCGGAUUCGGCGAUGAGGAGGACGGCGGCGGAUUCGGCGAUGACGGCGGCGGCGAAGGUAAUUACGGUAUCCAGCAAAACCCUAGUUACGGCAAUGAAUAUCAAAAUGGUCACGGUGGCAACUUUAGCGGUAGCGGUAGAGGGGCGCAGGGAUACGUGAGGAAGCGUGGGCAGGAGAAUUUGGUCCCUGCUGUUGAUUAUGAGGCGGGGUUUCCGAACCAAGGUCCGUUAUGGAGCGACUAUGCCAAGUUCACGUUGCUGGAAGUGUGGGGGGAGAGGUUUUUGCAGCUGGGUCGGAAGAGUGUGAGGUCUGAGGAUUGGAGCGAGAUUGCGGAGAAAGUGUCCGAGUGGGCACGGAUGGAAUUCACUGAGGUAGACUGUAGGCAGCAGCUAGAUGCUUUGAAGAAGAAGUAUAAGAAAGAAAGGGCGAAGAUGGAUCGAACGGGAAUUACUCCGAGCUGGAUGCACUUUAGGAGGAUGGAUAUGCUGAUGAUGGGUACGAGCAUGGAAGAUGGCGGGUUGGCCUGCGGUGUGGAUUCGGGAGAGUUUUGCUUUGCGGACACCAUGGUUUAUCUGGAUAAGUCGAAUGCGUUUGAUGAGAUGAGGGAUAGUCCGGGCGAGUCGGAGUCGGAGAUGGACGGGGAUGAGGAAGAGGACGAUGAUAUGCCUCCGCCGAGGAAGGAGGAUGGAGGAGAGGGGAUGAGGGUUUUGGCAGAUUCGAUAGAGAGGUUUGGAGAGUUAUAUGAGAAGAUUGAGAGUAAUAAGAGGGAACAGAUGUUGGAGUUGAAGAAGAUGCGGGCGAAUUUUCAGCAGGAACUAGAGUUGCAGAAGAAGGAGAUUUUGGAGAGAGCACAGGCUGAGAUUGCAAAAAUACAGGCAGCAAGCAUGGACGACGGUGACGAAGAUGAGGAUGACAUCUACAGUGAAUAGUCACGAGUUCCUCUGACAAGUGAAAUAAUCAAGCAAACCCGAGUCCUAAUAGGCGAUACAUAUAGACCGGUUGAAGGCAAGCAACACCUUCAGGAGAAAGUACAUUUGGCAAUUACAGCUUCAUGGAGGCAUCUCUGCAUGUGGGUGGUGACCGUUCACUUAAGUGAAACAAUGGCAGAAGGACAUCAAGAUAUGUGGAUGUUCAUCAAAGAACAUAUUGGGAUUCGACCCAGUUCCUCAUCAGUCUGAACUGAAGGAUUUUCGUCUCCUCUAACAUGUUGGAAUAUAUAAUGAGUCAAACGUGUAGGCACUCUUUUUUUCAGGUCAGACCAGAACUUUAACAAACAUGUAUGUGUCACGGCCGGAGGUUUUCAAUGUACGAUGGACCGAGGAUGAUCCAAAAAGACCGGACGAGCCUUUCUUGUGUACUCGAGAAUAUUCCAAGGGGCAACAUAGGAAUUUUAUACUA